CCGACAUGCAAUACUUUGCUCCUUCAUGGGCCUCUGCUUAGUCCUAAUACCAUGGAUCUGAUUAGAUGGAGCCGAGUGGCCCUGUGAACGAGUAGACCUCUUCUCGCACUUUGAACCUCGCUUGAAUCCCCGUUUGUCAUCUCAACGCCUGCUGGGACAAGCCUCCUAUUUCUCCCAUGAGCUGGCUCCCUCUCUUGCCCAAAGUUGCGAAGAACAAGACAAUCCGGACUUUGACCUUGGCGACUCAGAGCGCAAGGCACCCGUUCCACCCAAACCCCGCCGGCUCGGAAAAACUUUGCUCCUGAAUGCGCGAAUUGCACUUGGAGACUCGUCACUAUCACGACACUGGAAAGCUGAAGCACCUGCUCACCACCUUCACACGAGAUCGAGCACCAAAGGUCUGUCGAAAUCCCUCAAUGACCGACUCCAGAGCAAGCCCGGUUGCACGGCCAGAGAGCAGCGAGACGUGGAAAUACAACAACAAGCCGGACACUAAUAGGCCAAGUCAACGUGUGCCUGCUACGGCGGAACUUUUGCACCUUUCAUCCGAGGCCAGCACAGCCAGACCGAACUUUAAGUGAGUGCCUACUACCUGUUUGCUCGUAUCUCCUUUGCCACAGCCAGGCCACCACCGCGCCACCACUGCAUCACCGCCAGCACACCUUGAAGUGCCAGAACCCGCCACCACGCGACACCUCAUGUCCGGUUGGCUUUCACUUCGCGUCGUCGAAAUCUGAUCCCCAGCCCCAUUCUGACUUGUGGCUGCCUAGGUGCGACAGAGGUGCCCGCCAGUCGCGGCCUGGAUGCACUGAGCGGCAACGACACCCUCUGAUUUUUGGUCAAAUACCUCUGCAUCAUGCACCACCGCCAUCCUCUGGGAAACAGGAAUCGCACUACUAUCUCAAUAGAUCGUGCUUGAAUGACCCAAAUCGAUCCCUCAUGGUAUCUACCCCGGAGUCCACGCGGCCUUGCAAACGUCCCGCUCAGGAGCAGGACUUGCGGCCCAAUACCAAGGUCCGGCAUCAAGAAGAUCGGACAAGUUCCGCAUCUCCAUGUCCAGGGCUUCAUGAGCAAGCUUUCUCUCAUGCCGCCUCGCCUGCUGUCGGCUCCGUUCAAACACGGUCACUGUCCGCUGGUCAACACUCAGCGCAAAGAACGUCGUUCUCGUCACCAAAAGAAGCCGCGUCGCAGCCGGUUAAUCUGCCUGCCGGUCAACCACUUUCUAGCCAACUACUACAGCGUCGUGAUGCAGAGCACAAAUCCGAAUGGCUCCCUGCCGAAAUCUCCAGCUAUGACAAAUCUGCCAAUCAAGGGCUCAAGCUAUUACAGGGUCGUGAUGCAGAGCCCAAAUCCUCAAACGAAUGGUUCCCUACCAAAAUCCCCAGCUAUGACAAGGCUGCCAAUCAAGGGCUCAAGCUGGUGUUGCAACCGGAGAUCCGACCUGUUACAGUGGAACAGCUGGUGAAUGAGAUCAAAGCUAUCUAUGCCGGACUCGUCCUGGUGGAGAAGAAAUGUGUCGAGGUCUGCCAUGACCAGUUCCAGUCUACUGCCAAUUUGUCGCCCGAACAGUGGCAAGCGUUGAUCGCGUUGCAUAGAACGCUCCUCCAAGAGCAUUUGGACUUCUUUCAGGCAACACAGCAUCCUGCCGCUUCGCCAGCCUUACGCCGGUUACCCACAAAAUAUGCCAUGCCUGCGCGGAUGUGGAGGCACGGCAUCCAUUCGUUCCUCGAACUGCUCCGUCAUCGCUUGCCGCAUUCCCUGGAGUUUAUGUUGAGUUUUGUUUACCUGGCAUAUCAGAUGAUGGGGCUGCUCCUGGAAUACGUGCCUGCUUUUCAUGAGACCUGGAUUGAAUGCUUGGGAGACCUAGCUCGCUACAGGAUGGCUAUUGAAGAGACCGACAUGCGUGAUCGGGAAAUCUGGGCUAAUGUUGCUCGUAUGUGGUACCAUCGUGCUGCUGAUCGUUCACCCACAACGGGGAGGAUACAGCACCACCUGGCCGUGUUAGCGCGACCUAACGUUAUUCGGCAACUCUUCUACUACUCAAAAGCUCUUACCAGUGGAAUACCUUUUGUCAACACGCGAGACUCGAUUAUGCUACUGUUUACCCCGUUCCUGGAUAAGUCUGAGGCGACCCUUCAAAAGUACGCAACGAUUGAAAGGUCCUUUGUCACUGCUGGCGGUGUCCUGUUUACGCGAGGUUCCAUCCACGAAUAUUGUGUACAGAUGAGACAAUUCAUUUCCGAGCUUGAUGGCCAUAUCUCCCGGUCCGGAUCCACCUGGAAGAUGCAGGGCUCAGAGGUGGCGUUGACUAUGACUGCGUGGCUGUUCGAUUUUGGCGCAGAAGAUAACUUCCUCUGGACUGCUUUCUGUUCCCACAUGGACAAACUCAAGGGGAGACCGCCGGAAAAGCAAGUCGAUACCGGUACAGGCCCGCAGCUGGUCGCGGAUCCACAGAUGAAGGAGGACAUCCACCGGAAGUUCUGGAAAAGUGGCCCACUUAAUGCGACCGAUUUCCGUCAGGCUCUUGUUCCCGCGAGUGAAGGAUCUGCUACCAAGUUCACCACCUCGGAUGAGGUAACAGCACAAGUUCUCCCAUUCUGGUCAGCGUCGGUCUCCGUAGUAGCUUCGAAGCUUGGCGAUCGGAAUAUACUGCCAUUCAUGCACCUUGCGUUGGCGUUCCUUUGGAGCCUAUCAUAUGUGCCAGGAGCGCUGGUGUAUAUAGAAAGUUUCGUGCCCUGGACUAAACUCGUGCUCUGUCUGAACACUUUGGGCCGCUCGGGCGUCGUGGAUGGUCGAUUCGAGGCCAACGACUUCCCUCAUCAUCAAUCUGGCACAGGCCGCCAACUGCCCGAGGACUUUCUCAUUCGGGGAUUCGAAUGGUCUUACUACUAUUUCCCAUCGGACUUUUUCGAGGGCGACGUAGUCGAUGAGGACGAACGUACGCUGGAGCUUCCCAGUCAUGCUGCUCCACGAGCUGAACGAUGUCUUUGGCUUGGUGUGCGGCUUGCACAGUUGAAUCGUUAUCUGGAAUACGACAUCAAGACGAAACAAUUCUCCUGCACUGAUUUCGCCUUGUCCUUGGAGGACUCCGUUUCUAUGGACUCUGUCCGUCGCCAGACGUUUUCCGGGGCGGGCAGCGGUGGCCCAAUGAUGGACAUGGCCUGAAGGAAGCUUGUUUAUCUGCCACUGGGCCAUUGCUACAACUUCGGCAAUUGUCUGACGACGGACUGCAUCUUGCAAUCUCCGACACCCUUAUUUGACUGAGCGGUGUCAAGGUAGGCACGAACCUGGACCCGUGGAUUGCAAGGACAAGAACGGUCAACAGACACGAUUGGAGCGACAUAUGCUCGCACUAUUAUCGUUUUGCGAUGCUCAUUUCGCAAUAGGAAGAUCUCAAAAUCGUCAGGCUUGCCUUCGGGCCGCCCACAUUGGCAUCGACAAUGCAGAGCAUGUCCUCUUCCAGCAGUUGACCGGCCUGACCUGGGGCGGAUAUGGAGGCUUUCCUAUCCAGUCCGAUAUGGCAGAGCCCUGAAUGGAUUACUGGGCCCUUAUGUCGCAGCAAACAUUGCUCCCACCUGGUGGGGUAUCACUUGUCCCCACUGUGCUUUGGACACGAACAUGAUUACGUUGAUGCUAUGCUGUGUACAGCAACCUCUGACACUAGUACAUAAGUCUACCAGUGGUCUCUGCUGCGGUUGGUUGGAGUUUGGCGAGAGUGAUUUCGGUUGCAAAGACGCCGGUGGGUUUCUGCUCUUGCUGCUCUUGCUGCACCUGGUAACCUGGUUAUUGUGUACCUAAAAGCACAUAGAUUACAUACAUAGCCACAGUAAUGUAAUACGAGCGACUUGACAUUGCUA